AUGUUGAAGCUGUGCAGACUGAUUAAAGAAAAUCAAGAAGGAAGCAUGGAAGAGGCUGAGACAAGAGAGGAAUCUUCAAAGCAGGACGAAGAAGGAUUCGCACAUAUAAUUAAUUUGAAUAGGGAGAGCCAAGAAGACAGUGACGAUAAAUCGAUAAAUUUAUUCAUUCAAGAAGACGAAUGUGAGAGUAAUGCUGAAAAAGUAAUCGACGAGGAGCGCGAGAAACACACAAAAGAUUUUGAGACCGAAGAGGAGACAACAGCUCUGUUAGUCGAUUGCGAGAUUUGUUCCAAUGGACUAACAGUGAAGGGGGUUCGUUGUGCAGCACACACGCUCCAGCUUGCUGUUGAUGACAGCAUAAAAAACCAUAGAAUGCUUAUCAACAAAGCUCGGAAAGCUGCUGUGCAGUUUAGGGUUGAAAGUGUUUUGAGGAAAGCACGUGCUAUUGGACGUGGACUCGGAACCACUAAACAAUUGCCAAAACCCCCUCUCGACGUUGAUACAAGAUGGCAUUCAACGAUCGACAUGCUUCUUGUUUUAGCGUUGUUCAGGUCCUACGGUUACCUGAUAAAAAAUUGUAAUCUCUCGGAUGAAGAAUGGGACGAGCUAGAGCUGUACAUUCAGUCAUUGAUGCCAGCGAAAAUAGCUACAAAGCUAUUACAAGAAAAGGCGUUGUUAAUGUCUGACUUCACAAACCGUUUCGAAAAUAUGGAAAAGAGGGAAAAAUCCCUUAUCGGAAACGAGAUUUUGCUGGCAUCGAUGUACCUGAAUCCUCGAUUUGCGAUCCUCUUAGAAGGUGAAGGUGAGGAGACAGCGGCUCGCCACUUCCAAAUUCUGCAUAAUCGUCUUGCACGUGAAAGGGGAAUUUGUGAGGAGAAAAGUGUCUACAGCACUUCCAACGAAGUUGACGAUGAAGACGAUUCUGCAGCAGCAGAAAUUGCAAGAAGGGUAGCUCGAAAAUUCCGAGAGAAAAAUGAUCUCUCUAACGGACGUGUCCAAGCCGAUGACCUAAGACUCCAGCUGAAAAAUUUCCAAGAGCAGAUACCUCAGCCGGAGUCUUGUGAUCUCCUGGCGUACUGGAAGGACAAGAAACACACUUGGCCAGAAUUGCAUGAGCUGGCCAUGAUUGUACUUGCUACUCCAGCAACUCAAGUCAGUGUGGAGAGAUUAUUUUCAGGAAUGCGGUACAUUUUCUCCACAUUACGCGGUAACUUAAAGGGUGACAUUUUGGAUGCCAUUCUUCUGAUUCGUUGCAACAGCGACAUUUUUGAUAAAAAUGACUCUGAUGACGACGAUGACGAACAUAUCGAAUCUAAAAAAAUGUUGUAUUCUGUUACAUGA